GUGGUGCUGUAAAAAUACAUUUUGAGCAUUCUUCAUGCUCAUUCUCAUUGGUUUGGUAGCACAGGUUUGAUACAUGUUGUAGACCUACCUUAUUGUGCUACUACUGGGCUGGAUAACAGGGGGGGGUUUUAUGCUAUGUGAAUCUCAUGCUGAUGGACGUUGAUGCAAAUUACUCAGGGAAAACUCAAUUUGCACAGAUGAAAAGAUGAAAAGAUGUACACAGGAAGUUUUAAAAGAAUGGGAGAGUUUUAUUUAUUUUAUUUUUUUAAGGGCAGUUCACAUGUGCCCAUGUACUCCAUAUGGCUCUUAGCCUCUUGACUGGUUAGCCCCUGCUGUAAGUCAACAUUGCGUGCUACCUGAGAUUACACACCUGAGCCAUUGUGUCAUUUCACUUUUGUGGUUGUCUGAUAUUUAUUAAUGACACUGGUCUGAUGAUGAUGGUCCAUGGAAUCAGUGCAAAGAGACCAAGGAGCCACAGACCGAUGGCCAUGGCCUCGUAGGAAGAGCCCAGUCUGAUAACCACCAGCGUCCAGUUCCCUCCCACAGUCCAGUUACAAGGCUGCGACCUCGGUUAGGCCUCUGUUGUUUAAGAUAUUUUAAUCUCAAUAGGUCUUCGUUGUUUAAAACAUGCAGGAUUCGGUUAAUCGAUCACUCUACUUUAACCACAGGCAUGAAUGGUUUUGUUUGUUGCUGAGUGUGGAAUGGUGAAUUGACCAGGGUGAACCCCACCCUCACUGGAUGACUGCUGGGAUUGGCUCCAGGAACAGGUAGUAGAAGCUGAAUGAAAGUCAACAUUCAUUCCCGAGGCUUGAAAAUGACCCUCAGUUUGGCAAUAAUUUGACAUAAUUUCGGGGUAACGGUUGCGCAGCAGCGUGUGUGUCGUUGGUAAAUGUAUUUGUGAAGCCAAACGCGUGUAUGUGAGACUGCGAGUUGGCUGCAACUAUAAACUACUCAGCCCCGAAGGACGUGAGGUGGGCGGAGACUCAGAGCCGGGGUCCACCUCCAGUCCGCAGCGACGCACCGCGCAUUUCAGACUCGGCACCGUGCACUUCAGUCCGAGCGGAAGGAGAAGGCAUCAUGGCAACCACCACUUGUACACGCUUUACCGAUGAAUACCAGCUGUACGAGGAGCUUGGCAAGGGGGCCUUUUCAGUGGUGCGCCGCUGUGUCAAACUCUGCACAGGCCAGGAAUACGCCGCCAAAAUCAUCAACACCAAAAAACUAUCGGCCAGAGACCAUCAGAAGUUGGAGAGGGAAGCCCGUAUCUGCAGAUUGCUGAAGCACUCCAAUAUUGUUCGCCUCCAUGACAGUAUUUCUGAGGAAGGAUUUCACUAUUUAAUCUUUGACCUGGUAACAGGAGGAGAGCUGUUUGAGGAUAUUGUGGCUAGAGAAUACUACAGUGAAGCCGAUGCCAGUCAUUGCAUCCAGCAGAUCCUGGAGGCUGUGCUCCACUGCCAUCAGAUGGGGGUGGUACACAGGGACCUGAAGCCUGAGAACCUGCUGCUCGCCAGCAAGUGCAAGAACGCAGCGGUGAAGCUGGCUGACUUCGGACUAGCAAUCGAGGUUCAAGGAGACCAGCAGGCUUGGUUCGGAUUUGCAGGAACUCCAGGCUACUUGUCCCCAGAGGUGUUGAGGAAGGAGGCAUAUGGAAAACCUGUGGACAUCUGGGCAUGUGGUGUGAUCCUGUACAUCCUCCUGGUUGGAUACCCUCCGUUCUGGGAUGAGGACCAGCACAAGCUCUACCAGCAGAUCAAAGCGGGAGCCUAUGAUUUCCCCUCCCCUGAGUGGGACACAGUGACCCCCGAGGCCAAAAACCUGAUCAACCAGAUGCUGACCAUUAACCCAGGAAAGAGAAUCACAGCCCAGGAGGCUCUGAAGCAUCCAUGGGUCUGUCAACGAUCCACAGUGGCCUCCAUGAUGCACAGGCAGGAGACGGUGGAGUGUCUGAAGAAGUUCAAUGCCAGGAGGAAACUUAAGGGGGCCAUACUGACCACCAUGCUGGUCUCCAGGAACUUCUCUGUGGGUCGACAGACCACGGCUCCUGCUGCCGUCAGUUCUGUGCCUGGAACCACUGCAGGCAUAGUGGAGCAAGCAGCCAAGAGUCUCCUCAACAAGAAGGCUGAUGUCAAGCCCCAGACUAACAGCACAAGAAACAGCAUAGUCACCAGUCCCAAAGGCAACAUCGCCUCUGCUGCACUGGAACCUCAGACUACUGUUAUCCAUAAUCCAAUAGAUGGGACCAAGGAAUCCACAGACAGCAGCAACACAACCAUCGAGGAUGAAGACAUGAAAGCCCGAAAACAGGAGAUCAUAAAGAUCACAGAGCAGCUCAUCGAGGCAGUCAACAACGGAGACUUUGAGGCUUACGCGAAGAUCUGUGACCCUGGUCUGACCUCGUUUGAGCCCGAGGGUCUUGGUAAUCUGGUGGAGGGAAUGGACUUCCACAGAUUUUAUUUUGACAAUCUCCUGUCUAAGAACAGCAAACCCAUUCACACCACCAUCCUCAACCCUCACGUGCACAUGAUUGGAGAAGAUGCUGCCUGCAUUGCCUACAUCCGCCUGACACAGUUUGUGGACGGGCAGGGCCGGCCUCGUUCCAGCCAAUCAGAAGAAACUAGAGUGUGGCACCGUAGGGACAGUCGUUGGCAAAAUGUUCACUUCCACUGCUCAGGAGCUCCUGCCGCCCCACUGCAGGGAUGAGGUAUGUGAGCACCAAGGAGGCAAAAGAA